UUUAUCAUAAAAAACAUACAUAACCUCAAAAAUGUCAUCUGUAAAUAUUAGCAAAACUGCAAACCACCUGCAAACUGCAACUGCACUUGAAUAAAGUUGAUUUUGAUUUGAACACUUAUAAAAGUUAUCUACAGUUUGACCUUGAGGAUUAACAAAAAAGGGGUUAGAUAUUUUGACCUGUGAUACUACUUGAUCAACAAUCAUUGUGCCGACUUACAACCAGAAAAUAAUUACCUAUCACCACUCCAUCACUGUUGAAAUACCUGCUUCAUAAUGCCUUUAACAGAGGAAGCUUCAAAUAAAAUAUUUGGUGGAUACCAAAAAAUAUUUUCCCAUACAUCCAAGGAGGUUGGAACUAAAAUGAGGUUUGGAGUCUACCUACCCCCUCAGGUGGAAGAGGGCAAAAAGCUUCCGGUUAUAUAUUGGCUAUCUGGUCUUACUUGUUCCGAAAACAACUUCAUUGAGAAAGCAGGGGCACAAAGGUAUGCUGCAGAGUAUGGCAUAAUAAUCGUAAAUCCAGACACUUCACCCAGAGGCCUUAACCUUCCUGGCGAUUCCGACAGCUGGGACUUUGGAGUUGCAGCAGGUUUCUACGUUGAUGCCACACAAGAACCAUGGAAAACCAACUACAGGAUGUUCAGUUAUGUUACUUCAGAGUUACCAAAACUAGUGAACGAAAACUUUCCAGUAGCCGAAGGCCAGCAGUCGAUAAUGGGUCACAGUAUGGGAGGCCAUGGAGCUUUAAUAAGUGCGUUAAAGAAUCCUGGAUUGUAUAAAUCUGUAUCGUCGUUUGCUGCUAUUUCUAAUCCGACCAAAUGCCCAUGGGGUGUUAAAGCAUUUUCAGGAUAUAUGGGACCUGAAGAAGGGUGUUCUUGGACGGACUGGGAUGCUACAGAAUUAGUUAAAAAGUACAAUGGGCCUCCUCUAGAGCUACUGUUAGAUCAGGGUUUAGAAGACAAUUUCCUUAAGAGCGAACAACUUUUACCAGAGAAUCUAGUCCAAGCAUGUAAAUCUUCCGGAGUACCAGUGAUUUUAAAGAAGAGGGAAGGAUACAAUCAUAGUUACUUUUAUAUAGCAUCAUUUAUUGGGGAACACAUAAAAUAUCAUGCUGAACAUCUAUUGUCGAAAAAAUUAUAACUUAUCAAUAAUAUUUUGUUUUGAAAAAUUAUAUAUUUAAAAUAAAUAAUUUGGAGCAAAA